GGUGGGGAGAGAGAAACAUCAAACCCCGCGCACUCAGUUAAGAAAGAAAGAGAAAAGAAAAACAAGAACAAAAGGAAAAGGAGGAGAGAAGAUGGAACCGAGGAAAAAAGUUUCGAAAUGAUAAAAUAAUCUUGAGAGAAGAAAACGAGAGACAGAAUCUGGGGAGGUUUAGUGGCGCCCAUUGUAACUUGUUCCUUACCGUUUCCUCUCUCCUUUCCUCCUUUUGCUUGCGGUCUUCUUUGGAAAGGAGGAAGGAAUUUCUUUUCUCGUCUGGAACGAACGAGGGAAAGUCAUGGGGUGAGUCGAGGCACGCAGAGGGCGAGGAACUAGGGCUCUGCUUCUCCUUGUUGCAGUUGGGGAGUUGGUGUUUGUGAUUAAUGCUAGUGCCUUAGUGCCUCAUCGGCGUGGAGCGAUGGGGUCGUGGUACAGAGUGGGAAAAUCCUUGCAGGCAGUGGCUGCUCAUGGGCUGCUGCUCGCGUUCACCGUCCUUUUGGUGUUGAAGCUCGACCAUCGCGUUUUCUUCUCGUGGUGGACCAUUUUCAUCCCCUUGUGGUUAUUCCACGCAGUUGUUGCUCGAGGGCGGUUCUCCUUACCUGCUCCAUCACCACCUCGUGAUCGCCAUUGGGCUCCAUGCCAUUCUGUUGUUGCUACUCCACUUAUAGUAUCAUUUGAACUGCUGCUUUGCAUCUUUCUUGAGGGUCUCUGGGUGCAUGGCUCGCCGGCGGUGAACUUAAAGAUUGUCUUUCUCCCGUUGCUAGCAUUUGAAAUAAUUAUCCUAAUCGAUAACUUCAGGAUGUGCAGAGCUUUAAUGCCAGGUGAUGAAGAGAGCAUAAAUGAUGACGCCAUAUGGGAGACACUUCCACAUUUCUGGGUUGCAAUUGCAAUGGUGUUCUUUGUUGCAGCAACUAUAUUUACAUUGCUGAAACUAUGCGGUGAUGUGGGUGCUUUAGGAUGGUGGGAUUUAUUUAUUAAUUUUGGAAUAGCAGAGAGCUUUUCAUUUUUAGUUUGCACGAAAUGGUCAAAUCCAGCUAUUCAUCGACUGUCUCAUCAUAGAGGACCAAGUUCAUCUUCACAAACUAUUAGAUAUCUUGACUGGAACAGUGGCCUUGUGGUGUCAACUGAGGAGGAUGAAAGCCAAAACCACAUGUGCUCCCCCCAGGAUAUUGGUGGCCAUGUUAUGAAGAUUCCAGUGAUUGUGUUCCAGGUUGUGCUUUGUAUGCACCUAGAGGGUACACCACAAAGUGCUCGAUACAUCCCUCUGGCAGUACUCUUCUUGCCGCUUUUCAUUCUUCAAGGCAUUGGAGUUGUGUUUGCUGUAUCGAGGUUGGUUGAGAAGAUUAUUCUUUUACUUAAUAGUGGAAGUCGUACUGGAAGAUAUUUCAGUAUCUCUUCAAGAGCUCGUGAUUGGUUGGGGUUCUUCCAUCAUGGUUCAAGGCUUUUGGGUUGGUGGUCGAUUGAUGAAAGCAGUAAAGAAGAACAGGCCCGGCUUUUCCAUUCCACAAAUGCUGGGUACAACACUUUCUGUGGUCCUCCACCUGAGGUUGUAAAAAAGAUGCCUAAGAAGGAUCUCGCUGAAGAGGUCUGGAGGUUGCAAGCAGCACUAGGAGAGCAAGCUGAAAUCACAAAAUACAGUCAGCAAGAGUAUGAGAGGCUGCAAAAUGAGAAAGUUCUUUGUAGGAUUUGUUUUGAAUCUGACAUUGGUGUGGUCCUGCUGCCAUGCAGGCACCGCAUCCUUUGCAGCACUUGUUGCGAGAAGUGUAAGAAAUGCCCGAUCUGUCGGAUGCCAAUUGAAGAGCGUAUGCCUGUUUAUGAUGUAUAGGCUAACACGUUUAUUACUAUAAAAACACAAGAACCACACUGAGGAGCUGGGAUGCAAUGUACAAAUGACUUCCGGAGCAAAUGUGAUCCUUGUGCUACUUUUUCGAAAAGCUUCUGGCUGUUCCUUUGCUUUGUUCGAGUUUAAAUGAAGAAGCAUAAAGUGAUGAGGCUGGAGGACAUCGCUACUUGGAUUUAUUUGUAAAGGAUUUUGCCCCUUGCUCCAACUGUACAUAUGUUAUAGUUGAUAAUGUUUUUGGCCAUUAGAUUGUGUGACUACACCUGAUAACACCAUAGUUUUUUGUUUGGUUGGCGUGUAUUUUCUUGUUUUGUUUC